AUGAGCGCUGCAGCUUCCUCUAGUCCUUCAUUCGAGAAGCAGGUCCAUCAACCCAACUCGCACGAACUACAGAAGAUGCACACAAUCUCAAGCCUCCUGCCAGCACACGGAGGCGAGUUCCAACCAGCACCACACGCCAACAUAGCACAGCAGAAGAAGAUCGCGAACCCAGCACCACUCGGCCUGGGUGCUUUCGCUCUUACCACUUUCGUGCUCUCCUGCGUCAACCUCAAGGUCCUCGGUGUCCACGAACCAAAUCUCGUCGUGGCACUCGCUCUUGGCUAUGGCGGUCUGGUCCAGCUACUAGCUGGCAUGUGGGAAAUGGCAGUUGGCAACACUUUCGGAGCCACGGCACUGUCGUCCUACGGCGGAUUCUGGAUCUCGUUCGGCGUUGUCCUCACACCAACCUUCGGGAUCGUCGAUGCGUACACCGACAAGGAGACGGGCGACAGCACUUUCAACGAGGUCUUCGCAUUGUACCUUUGGGCAUGGUUCAUCUUCACAUCACUCUGCAUGAUCUUGACCCUUCGCUCGACGGUGGCGUUCUGUGGACUUUUCAUUGUUCUGGAUGCUACGUUCCUGUGCUUGGCGUUGUCUGAGCAAUAUGCUGUUUCUGCUGCCGAGGCCUCGAAAUCGUUGCAGCAGGCUGGAGGAGUGUUUGGGAUCUUGGCCGCGUUCUUUGCGUGGUAUAACAUGUUCAGCGGUAUGGUCGACGCGACCAACUUCUGGUGCACCAUGCCUAUGGUCUCUUUCCCAUGGAGUGCGAACAGGAAGCAACGACGUGCUGGCGAGUGUGUAUAA